AUGGACUCUCGCCCUCACCUCACCCCACGAAGCACACACAUAAUGUGCCCAUUGUAUAUAUUCAUGCACACCCAUGCAGGCCCGUUGGUGCUCUCUUUUGCACGACACGCACCGCUGCCGUCCUGCCUGGCUGCAUGGGCGGAGCACCGUAACUGUUUUGUUUUUAUUGCAUUGAGUGGGCGACCUCUCUCUCUCUCUCUCCCUGUGUGUGUGUUUUGCUUUACGGGAGCAAUGAGAGUGUGUGCGCUGGUUGUCCCACGAUUCGGCUUUUUGUUUUGUUGUUUUACUUGUGUUGUGGUUGGUGCGCCCAUUACCUUUUUUUAUUAUCGAUUAUUGGUUUGCUUAGAAUGUGGACGCAUGAUUUUCUAUUUUUAUUUUAUUUUUUCUUUUUCUUUGAGAUAUUGUCAGUGUUUCUUAUUCUUUUCAAACCAUGGAGUGCCUUCCUUAACGUACGGCAUGUGUCAGUUGGUCCACGUCACCAGGAACCAAAGGAGUGCGGCGGGCAGCAGCAGCAGUAUAAGGCGGUAUGGCACGUGA